AUGCCUCAACGCCGUCUCCACCCGUCUUUUGUACCUGUCACUGUCGUAUGCCUGUCGUCCAAAAGGGCUAGGCGACAUGCAACCCCAUUCUGUUGCUCGACUACGGCAGACUCGGAUAUUCCUGCUACCCCACCUCGCCUGCAACGUCCCGCAAGUGCACCUAAAGUCAGCAAAGUACCUAUAAGUGCCCCCGUUCCAGUUAGCAGGCAGGUAGGCUUUGGUCGUCCUGUCACGGUCGACGAGAUGACACAGAGCCUACACGGAACGGAGGAUCCUCUUUGGGAGCUCAUGAAGCGAGAGGCCAGCACUGCUGCUGCUGAUGAACCACAGUUGGCAAGUUCUCUGUACGCUAACAUCCUUGUCCAUGACACCAUGGAGGAAACGUUGUCCACAGUAUUGGGAAAUGCCCUCGAUACAUCCACCUUUCAGGCCACACAGUGGAUGGAGCUUUUCGGAGACGCACUCUCAGAUGAUCCGGAAUAUGGUAAGGCAGUAAGAGCUGAUGUUACUGCUUUUAUGGACCGCGACCCAGCUACGAGCCAUGCUGCAAGGGUGCUGCUGUAUUCGAAAGGGUUUCAUGCAUUAGAAUCGUGGAGACUUGCUCACUGGCUUUGGAAAAAGGAACGUCGUUCGCUGGCCCUAUAUCUCCAAUCGAUGAUUUCAAGCUGUUUUGCUGUCGAUAUCCAUCCAGCCGCGACUAUUGGAAAAGGCAUUCUUAUCGAUCAUGGCACUGGAAUUGUAAUUGGGGAGACAGCGACCUUGGGUGACAAUGUUUCUAUGCUACAUAAUGUUACUUUAGGAGGGACUGGAAAAGAAACCGGCGACCGACAUCCUAAGGUUGGAGAUGGCGUGAUGAUUGGGGCGGGUGCAACCAUUCUUGGAAAUAUUACGGUUGGGACGGGUGCACAUAUUGCUGCUUGUUCUGUCGUGCUGAAGCCGGUGGACCCUUUUGCAAUCAUUAGCGGAGUUCCAGGGAAGAUGGUGGGAAAGGUAACAUACAAAGCCGGAGUCAUGCCGUCGUUUGUGAUGGACCAACGGUUGAGCAUCGAGGUACUAGGAGUUGCAAACCCUUACCAGAACGUGAUCACUGGUUCUGUGAAAGGUGUGGAAGAAUCUCAAGGCUUCGGCGGGAGCUCAAUUUAG